CUGGAUAACGUACUGUCUGUCUCCAAGACGAUUAAGCCGUGCAUCGCGGAUUCUCGGUGUGCUCGAGGCCGUGGGAAAGAAGGCGGGACCAGGAAGCGGGAUGACAGACAGAUGGAGAACUACUUCAUACAACGUGUGUUUUCAAAGAUCGACAGGAAAAUGGUAAAUGACCCAGUUGCAUCUUGGACAAGAAUGAAAUCUAAAAGCAAAUGCAGGAAAACAAUUCAACCUGUUUAUCAGUCAGGAAGUGAAGAAGAGAUGUGGAGCCUUCAGAUUCUUCAUAAGGGGAGAGUGAGUUGUCCAACGUGUAAAGCAGUUUUUAGGAAAACCGUGGAAGGAUUGAAAAAGCAUAUGGCAAACUGCAAGAUGGAUCUAUUUACUUGCCAACACUGUGGAAAACAGCUUAAAUCUCUCACAGGAAUAAAGUACCACAUUAUGGCUGACCACAAUGAAUUGCCAAAUGAAAGAGAUAUAGACAUCUUGGAUAUUCAAAGCGUAAAAGAAAAACUUAGGAAGGUGUUGAAGCGAAUGGGAAAAUUAAAAUGUACAAAACAGAGUUGUACAGCCAGCUUUACCAGUAUAAUGGGUUACAUGUACCACAUAAAGAAAUGUGGUAAGAAAGCAUCAGAGCUUGAAAAUCUAAUGAUGAAUUGUAAGCACUGUGGAAAAGCAUACAAGUCUAAAGCGGGACUGGAAUAUCACAUGAAGUCAGAGCAUGGUCCAACACCAGAGAGCAGUGAAGAGGAUGCUGAGAAGAAUGAGAUGGAUUCAGUAGAGGCAUGGACAGCAAGUGGCAGGGUAAAGAGGCGGUCAGCUCAGCUGGCAAUAUACCAUCUGCAAGAGAUUGCCAUUGAGGAGCUAUCUAGAGAGUGGCCCAAAAGAAAAGUGCAACAGGAUCUGGUCCCUGAUGACAAAAAGUUAAAGUAUGCAAGACCUGGACUACCAACAUUUAAACAAGAUACGUUGCAAAAAUGGAAAAACAAAAUAAAAGUGGAAGGAAAAGUGCAAUGUCCAAACCAGGGAUGUAUUUCUGUUUACACUAGUAUUUCUGGGUUGAAAGCUCACCUUUGCCUGUGUUCUAAGGGUAAUUUUGAAGCUGGGAAAUAUAAGUGCUUGCUGUGUAAGAAAGAGUUCAUCUCAGAAAGUGGAGUGAAGUAUCAUAUCAACUCAGUUCAUGCACAAGACUGGUUUAGCAUUACUUCUGAAGCGAUGAAAAGUUUAAAAACGGUUACAAAACGAAACCAAAGGGCAGAAUAUGUGAAGAGAACACGAAAGAAGAAGCCAUCUCUAAGACUCAGAAUUAAGAACAGGUGGCUUUCACAAAGACCUACUGCAGCUUGUUUCAUUAGCCUGAAGAGCAGUGAAGACAAACAAACAAAUAAACAAAAGAACUGCUAUGAUUUUCAUGACAGUGACAGUGAAAGUGAAAGCAAAAGCAGCAGCAGUGGCUGUGAAACAGAUGAGGAAGAUGAGAAUUAGUGGUUUUGUAGUAUAAAAAAUCUCUUCAUAAAAGCAACUGGGAUCUCUUGCUUCUUUUUAUUUCACCUUAUUCAAGAUAACUAAUUGCCAGCUCAUUCACCAGUAUUUGAUAGUGCCGUUAUCACUCCCACUGAUCUGUCAUAUCCAUGCUUUUGUGAUUAUAAGAUUUACAGAUAUAUUCCUGCUGCAUUUUUAGGGACAGAUUAAAAUCUUUCAUUAAUAUUUUGUGUAUGGAUGUUUGGCAGCAUAUAAAAUGUGUGCAAUUUUAAAGAAAAAAAAAUACUAAAACUGGUAAUGCUAGUAAAGAUACUAAAAUUAAUUUUAGUAGAAAGAGGGAAUAUUUAAAAUAUUCUUUAGAAUCGAAGAUAUUACUGUAUGUGAAAGCGGAAAAAAUGUUGCCAGUGGGAGAUCUCACAUAGUGUAGGAAGGCAUUAUGUAUUUAUUCUAUUUGAAAAUGUCAAAGAGAAAGAGGAGGAAGUAAAAAUGACAAAAGAAAAACUGUAAUUUUUAUGUCUUAACUGUUGAAAUGUGUGUAUGAUUAUGGGUGUGUAUUUAAUUUGUAUGUGUGCUUAAAAGUUGUAAAAUCAUUCUUUUAUUUCAAUUUUAAAGCAGUACAACUUAUUCAAUUAAUUCCAUUAAAUAAAAACUUGCACACGUGAGUAAAA